AUGAAGCGGCUCAGGGCCUUGUGGGCGCCCGAUGGCCAUUCGGCCACUCGUUGCUUGACGGGCCCUGGUGGCUUGACCCCCAGGCGCACGUCUCCUCACAGGCCAGAUAACAGGGCAGCCAAAUAUUAUCGUCAUUUUGAGCCGCGGUAUCCCACUGCCAACCAGGCCAAGCCUCCUCGACUCAUCUUCACUCCGGCCACGAGGGCAUAUGUCUUGAUGUGGCUCCAUCAGCUGGUUCAGAGGUUGCGUGGUGCAAACAUGAGGAUUUUGCAGGACUUGAGCUACCUCCAAACACACAAAAAGGGCGACUCGUACUCUCCUGUUUGGUGA